CACAAUUCAGAAGCAAAAAUCGAUUUGACAAGUGAAUGAAAAAACCAUUUAAUUUUGUAAUUUUCCAGUGAGGGAUUUUAAUUUAUAACUAUUUUACAACACAACCUAUAUUUUAUCAAUACUCAUCAUCAAGAAGGAGUAGCCGCCUCUCCUUUCACAUCGAUCUCUUCUGCUUCGGACAACAUCUCCCGAUGGGUUCAUCUGCUUUGCCUCCGACCUCAUCGUUUCUCUCCGACAAGCAGAAAGAUGUGGGAUUUUCGUCUUUCUGCACACAGCCUUCGUUCCCAUGUUCCGCACAGGUUUCCAAGAAAAUGGUGUCCAAGAAAGUUGUUUCUGUGAUGACACCUCAGCAAUCUGAGCGCAAACCCUCCACAACCGGCGCGGUUAAGACUGGGAUGACAAUGACUGAGAAGAUAUUUGCAAGAGCUUCGGAGAAAUCCCAAUUGAUACCCGGCGAGAACGUGUGGGUCAACGUCGAUAUCUUGAUGACCCACGACGUUUGUGGCCCGGGUUCUAUCGGGAUUUUCAAGAAAGAGUUUGGGAAAAAUGCAAAGGUGUGGGACCGUGAAAAGAUUGUUAUAAUUCCAGACCACUAUAUUUUCACAGCCGACGAACGAGCAAAUCGAAAUGUAGACAUCUUGAGGGAUUUCUGUAACGAACAAGAUAUCAAGUACUUUUACGACAUUAAAGAUCUCGGGAAUUUUAAGGCAAAUCCAGAUUACAAAGGCGUGUGCCACGUGGCGCUUGCUCAAGAAGGUCAUUGUCGUCCAGGAGAGGUUUUGUUGGGUACGGACUCGCACACAUGUACCGCUGGAGCAUUUGGUCAAUUUGCUACCGGGAUCGGAAAUACCGAUGCGGGUUUUGUUUUGGGUACCGGAAAGCUUUUGCUUAAGGUGCCUCCGACUCUGAGAUUUGUUAUGGAUGGCGAAAUGCCCGAUUAUCUGCUUGCAAAAGAUUUGAUUUUGCAAAUUAUCGGCGAGAUUUCAGUAGCUGGUGCAACGUACAAAGCAAUGGAGUUUGUCGGUUCUACUGUCGAAAGUUUGACAAUGGAAGAAAGAAUGACACUGUGCAACAUGGUUGUUGAAGCUGGUGGAAAGAACGGUAUCGUCCCUGCUGAUAGUACCACAUUUAAGUACCUCGAGGACAAGACUUCUUUGCCGUAUGAGCCAGUUUAUAGUGACGGACAAGCAAGAUUUCUUCAAGAGUACAGAAUCGACGUCUCGAAAUUGGAGCCCUUGGUUGCUAAGCCUCACUCUCCCGAUAAUCGUGCUUUAGCCAGAGAAUGCAAAGACGUGAAAAUCGACAGAGUGUAUAUCGGAUCUUGCACCGGUGGUAAAACAGAGGAUUUCAUGGCUGCUGCCAAAUUAUUUCAUGCCUCGGGGAAAAGGGUGAAAGUUCCGACAUUCCUAGUGCCAGCUACGCAAAAGGUGUGGAUGGAUGUAUAUAGUCUACCUGUACCUGGAGCGGGCGGGAAAACUUGCUCGCAGAUAUUCGAAGAAGCUGGUUGUGAUACGCCAGCUAGCCCUAGUUGCGGUGCUUGUUUGGGUGGGCCGAGAGACACUUAUGCGCGCAUGAAUGAAGCUCAGGUAUGUGUGUCGACGACAAACAGGAAUUUCCCCGGUCGAAUGGGGCACAAAGAAGGGCAGAUAUAUCUAGCUUCUCCGUAUACAGCUGCAGCAUCUGCGUUGACUGGCUUCGUUACUGAUCCAAGAGACUUUCUGCAGUAAGACUUUUCACGAGAAUUAUUGUGAUUUUUUAUGCUCGCCCUUUUUUUGUUUUUUAUUUAUGUAACUUCGGGAGUUGAAAAAGCAUCGAAAAUAUUUAUGCGCUGAAUUUUUAGCUUCUUGAUCGGUGUUUGCUUAAAACUUGUAUUGUUCGUGUACUCGACGUUUGUAAUAAGAUCAAAUGUCAAUGAGAAUAAAGUCGCUAGUCGAAUGUAUUGUGGAUUAUAAUAUAUGCGCGUACAAGUAUACGGCAUACUGUAUAAUUUACACUAUGUCUGCAUAUUUUUCACUUUCAA